AUGCAAGUCAUCGGGGAAGCGGUGUUGUUGAUGCUACUGAUUCUGAGGUACUGCAUGUUGCUUCGCUUCUUCCCCAGCGUCUAUCGCUUCUUUAUCCUCUUUCAAAAGUCUGUGCGUGUGAGCCUGUAUUACCUGAUGAUCUUUGUGCCCAUCGGCCUUUCCACCGUCUUCUUCGCCAACACGCUCUACAGUCCGUAUGUGGAAGGGUAUAGCACCUGGGUGAAGUCUGGCAUGAGUUUCGUGGUCCGGGAGCCCUGUGACAGUCUGUGUUGGGAUGGAGGCGUAUUACAGACAGCCCUUUGUUAA